ACCGUACCGAUCGAUAGCCUGUGUGCCGGGCAAACCGUACCGAUGGAUAGCCUGUGUGCCGGGCAAACCGUACCGAUCGAUAGUCUGUGUGCCGGGCAAACCGUACCGAUGGAUAGCCUGUGUGCCGGGCAAACCGUACCGAUGGAUAGCCUGUGUGCCGGGCAAACCGUACCGAUCGAUAGUCUGUGUGCCGGGCAAACCGUACCGAUCGAUAGCCUGUGUGCCGGGCAAACCGUACCGAUGGAUAGCCUGUGUGCCGGGCAAACCGUACCGAUCGAUAGUCUGUGUGCCGGGCAAACCGUACCGAUGGAUAGCCUGUGUGCCGGGCAAACCGUACCGAUCGAUAGUCUGUGUGCCGGGCAAACCGUACCGAUCGAUAGUCUGUGUGCCGGGCAAACCGUACCGAUCGAUAGCCUGUGUGCCGGGCAAACCGUACCGAUCGAUAGUCUGUGUGCCGGGCAAACCGUACCGAUGGAUAGCCUGUGUGCCGGGCAAACCGUACCGAUCGAUAGUCUGUGUGCCGGGCAAACCGUACCGAUCGAUAGUCUGUGUGCCGGGCAAACCGUACCGAUCGAU